CUCUCUGAAAACACCCACCUGAAUUCUCUGUGCUCAACAGAGCAGCCCAAGGAUAAACCCUCCGGUAAAUCCCAUGUGACUGAAGAUAUAGGAGUCUGCCUGAAGACGUGACGACUUGCCGUCCCCAGUAACCAACACACUGCAGGCUGAAGCAGACAGGCUCGACUCUGCAAGAGGACAAGUUCAUCCCAGGUUUCCCUGUUGCCCUUUGCCACUACCCAAAAGAGGAUGGAGCUCGGCGAGAUCGUUGUGACUAAACAUCCCAAUGACAGGGAGCUGUACAAGAAGGAGAUGCCAAGAGCUCAGGACCUGCUGUGGAGAAGUGGAAACUGGAUCCUCCAUGGUUUUGGUUAUCUCACAGGAGAAAUGAAAGAAUAUGGAGAGUGGAUAAAAAACAAACCCUUAAUGGUUCAGCUGGUGGACUGGAUCUUGCGAGGGACCUCUCAGGUGAUGUUUGUCAACAAUCCUCUCAGUGGACUGAUCAUUUUAGUGGGGCUUUUCAUCCAGAGCCCCUGGUGGAUGCUCACAGGCUGCACUGGAACCACUGUGUCCACGUUAACUGCGCUGGCCCUCAGUCAGGACAGGCCGUCCAUCGCAGCCGGGCUGCACGGCUACAACGGGAUCCUGGUGGGCCUGCUCAUGGCUGUCUACUCUGACAAAGGGGAUUACUACUGGUGGCUUCUCCCCCCUGUGGCAGUGAUAUCCAUGGCCUGCCCAGUCCUGUCCAGUGCUUUGGGAUCCAUCUUCAGCAAAUGGGACCUUCCUGUUUUCACUCUGCCCUUCAACAUUGCAGUCACCCUGUACCUGGCAGCCACAGGACACUACAACCCCUUCUUCCCCACAACCCUCAUCAAGCCCGUAGCUGCAGUGCCCAAUAUCACCUGGUCUGACAUCAAUGUGCCUCUGCUCUUACAGUCCAUCCCAGUUGGAAUUGGUCAAGUGUAUGGUUGUGGGAACCCCUGGACUGGUGGCAUUUUCCUUGUGGCUCUGCUCAUCUCCUCCCCACUGAUUUGUCUUCAUGCUGCAAUUGGAUCAGCUGUGGGGAUGUUUGCAGCCCUGAGCAUUGCAUCCCCAUUUGACAGCAUCUACCUUGGCUUACACAACUACAACUGUGCCCUGGCCUGCAUCGCCAUCGGGGGAAUGUUCUACGCCCUGACCUGGCAGACACAUUUGCUGUCACUUGCCUGUGCAUUAUUUUGUGCCUACUCCGGAGCAGCUCUUGCUAAUGCCCUCUCUGUGCUCGGGCUGCCGGUGUGCACCUGGCCCUUCUGCCUCUCCGCGCUCCUCUUCCUGCUGAUAACCUCAGAAAACCCGGCCAUCUACAAAAUGCCCCUCUGCAAAGUCACACACCCAGAAGCCAACCGGAUCUACUACCUGAGGAUGAAGAGAAGGGCCUCAGAGAGCAGGAGGGAGGAGCAGAAGAGAAAGGAGCAGAAACCCUCUGACAGCUCAAAAAUGAGCCCUGGGGGCACCCCACUGUGCACCCCCAAGAGCCGCCACGUUCAGAAUAUCAACAUGGAAAACUGUGUUGAUGUCAAGAUAGAAACCAAGGGGGAAAGGAUGCCAAUGAAGCAGAAUCCACUGAGCACAGGUGGGAAGAGUUUCUGCAGAGCUGUGGGUUACCUCACCGGAGACAUGAAGGAUUUUGGAAUCUGGCUGAAAGACAAACCUCUCAUGAUCCAGUUCCUUGACUGGGUGCUGCGUGGGAUAUCCCAGGUGAUGUUUGUCAACAAUCCCCUCAGUGGGCUGGUCAUUCUGACCGGCCUCCUGCUGCAGAACCCAUGGUGGACACUCACAGGAUGUGUGGGAACAGUUGUCUCAACUUUAACAGCACUUAUUCUGUGUCAGGACAGGUCAGCCAUAGCAGCAGGCCUGUAUGGAUACAAUGGGGUCCUGGUGGGAUUGCUGAUGGCUGUCUUCUCUGCUGAUGGAGACUACAACUGGUGGCUCCUCCUGCCAGUGGCACUGGUGUCCAUGACCUGCCCUAUUUUCACCAGUGCUUUAAGUGCAGUUUUCUCUAAGUGGGAUCUGCCUGUUCUCACCUUGCCUUUCAACUUGGCCUUGACCCUCUACCUGGCUGCUUCAGGACCACACAACCUCUUCUUCCCCACAACUAUCAUUCGUCCUGCAACAGCAACCCCGAAUAUCACCUGGGCAGAUGCAGAAAUCACAAUGCUCCUGCAAUCCAUUCCAGUUGGCGUGGGCCAGGUUUAUGGCUGUGACAAUCCCUGGACUGGGGGAAUUUUCCUAAUUGGUUUAUUUAUCUCCUCUCCACUCAUUUGUGUCCACACACUGAUCGGAAUGACACCUUUCUGACUUUAUUUUCCAGGGCUGAGCUUAGCAACGCCGUUCAACCAAAUCUACCUGGGGCUGUGGGGCUACAACAGCUCCCUGUCCUGCGCUGCCAUCGGGGGCAUGUUCUUGGCUCUCACCUGGCAGACACACCUCCUGGCCAUGGCCUGUGCACUCUUCACUGCCUACCUGGGAGCAGCAGUGACCCACAUGCUGUCUGUGUUUGGGGUGCCAUCAGGAACCUGGCCUUUCUGCUUCUCUGCGCUGACCUUCCUGCUCAUGACCACAAACAACUCUGCCAUCUGCAAGCUGCCCCUCUCCAAAGUCACCUACCCAGAAGCCAACCGAGCUUAUUAUCUGAUGAUGAAGAAACAUGAGAGGUCUUGCUGUGAGGCAUAGAGACCCAAGAAGAGGGAAACUCGUCAGAUUUUAAGGCAGGAGCACAAGGUGUUUGCCCAACAGACUGUGAUUUGUGUGCUACCAUGUCCAACACCAACUUCUGUGUGGAGAGACUUUUCCCACCAGGGAAAAUCCACUAGAAUCUGUUUGUUCUAUUAAGAAGAUUUCUACUAGGUAGGACUGU